AUGAUUACCUCUCAAAAAGCUAUCGUCAUUCAAGGCGCUGGCGUUGCUAAACUAGUAGCUGACCGGCCACUUCCGCCACUUCGAAAUAACUCAAUUCUGGUCAGAACCGUUGCUGUUGGCCUGAAUCCAACUGACUGGAAGCAUAUUGAUGGAGCUAGUGGCCCGGAUCCUGGACGGCUCGUGGGGUGUGACUAUGCUGGAAUAGUGGAAGGGAUUGGCCCCAACGUCACCAAAGUUUUUAAGAUUGGAGAUCGAGUUUUCGGCGCAGCACACGGCUCUAAUGUUCUGCAGCACGACGACGGGACUUUUGCAGAACACAUUGUUGUCGUAGGAGACUUACAGAUGAUUAUUCCGGAUGGCAUGUCAUUUGAAGAGGCUGCUACACUAGGCGUUGGUCUUGGCACCGUUGGGCAGAGCCUCUACCAGGCUUUAGAACUUGCGCCAACUGCGCGACCUGCCAAGACCGCCGUUCCAGUUUUGAUUUAUGGAGGAAGUACAGCCACCGGUACGUUAUCCAUUCAGUAUGCCAAGCUGUCCGGAUAUACUGUUGUUACGACAACCUCAAGUCGAAAUUUUGACUUGGUCAGAAGCUUAGGCGCUGAUGCUGUUUUCGACUAUCAUGAUCGCGAAUGUGCCGCCAAAAUUCGCGAGUUUACCGAUAAUAGGCUAAAGAUUGCGUUUGACACGGUUUCUGUUGAUGGAUCUGCCAAUAUUUGCGCCGACGCACUGGCUAAAGGAUCUAACGUCAGAUACCAUGCUCUCUUGCCUGUUGCGUUUCCCCGCGACGAUGUAAAGACAACCAUGUCGCUUGCUUACACAGUGUAUGGCCAACCAGUGCAUGUUUUCGGAAUAAAAGUGCCAGCCAAAGGGGAAGACUUUGAUUUUGCUGUCAAGUUUUUUACUGAUGCCCGUGAAUUGUUAGCAAAGGGCAAGCUGAAACCGCAUCCUGCUUGUAUAAGACAGGGCCUUGAUAAUAUACUAUCAGGCUUGGAGGAAAUGAAAGCAAAUAAAAUCAGUGGCCAAAAGCUAGUAUAUAAAAUUUAG